CUGGUGGUAGCUGGCUUCUCCAUCCACGUGGAGAUUGCACGAGCACAUGAGAUUGCCAACGAGGUGCGGCGGGUCAAGAAGCAAUUGAAGGACUGUCAGCACCUAGCCAUGCUCUACAACAACCGCGAGCGCAUCUUUGGCCUGCCUGUCACUAACUAUGACAGGCUCUCCAGGAUGGUGAAGGAGUUCCAGCCCUACCUGGACCUCUGGACCACAGCCUCGGACUGGCUGCGUUGGUCUGAGAGCUGGAUGAAUGACCCUCUGUCAGCUAUUGAUGCCGAGCAGCUGGAGAAGAACGUCAUUGAGUCCUUCAAGACCAUGCACAAGUGUGUGAAACAGUUCAAGGACAUCCCAGCCUGCCAGGAUGUGGCCUUGGACAUCCGGGCUCGCAUCGAGGAAUUCAAGCCAUAUAUCCCGCUGAUCCAGGGGCUGCGCAACCCUGGCAUGCGGAACCGGCACUGGGAGCUACUGUCAAAUGAGAUCAACAUCAACGUCAGGCCCAAGGCCAACCUGACCUUUGCCCGCUGCCUCGAGAUGAACCUGCAGGACCAUAUCGAGAGCAUCAGCAAAGUGGCCGAGGUGGCUGGCAAGGAGUAUGCCAUUGAGCAGGCACUGGACAAGAUGGAGAAGGAGUGGUCGGCCAUCUUGUUCAAUGUACUGCCCUACAAGGAGACAGACACCUACAUCCUCAAGAGCCCAGAUGAGGCCUCGCAGCUGCUCGAUGACCACAUUGUCAUGACCCAGAGCAUGUCCUUCUCACCCUACAAGAAGCCCUUUGAGCAACGCAUCAACUCCUGGGAGAACAAACUGAAGCUGACCCAGGAGGUGCUGGAGGAGUGGCUGAACUGUCAGCGGGCCUGGCUCUACCUGGAGCCCAUCUUCAGCUCUGAGGACAUCAAUCGGCAAUUGCCUGUGGAAAGCAAGCGCUACCAGACAAUGGAGCGGAUGUGGAGGAAGAUCAUGAAGAAUGCCUAUGAGAACCGGGAGGUGAUCAACGUGUGUUCCGACCAGAGACUGCUGGACAACCUGCGGGACUGCAACAAGCUGCUGGACCUGGUGCAGAAGGGCCUCAGCGAGUACCUGGAGACCAAGCGGAGUGCCUUCCCCAGAUUCUACUUCCUGUCAGAUGAUGAACUGCUAGAGAUCUUGUCCCAGACAAAGGACCCCACGGCUGUGCAGCCCCACCUGCGCAAGUGCUUCGAGAACAUCGCCCGGCUGCUGUUUCAGGAGGACCUGGAGAUCACACACAUGUACUCAGCAGAGGGCGAGGAGGUGAAGUUGUCCUUCUCCAUCUACCCCUCCAACAAUGUGGAGGACUGGUUGCGGGAGGUGGAGCACAGCAUGAAGGACAGCGUGCGCGACAUCAUUGAGAAGGCCAUCAAGGCCUACCCCACAAUGCCCAGAACCCAAUGGGUUCUGAACUGGCCUGGCCAGGUGACCAUUGCUGGGUGCCAGACCUACUGGACCAUGGAGGUGGCGGAGGCUCUAGAGGCCGGUGACCUCAGCAGCCGGCUGUUCCCCCAGCUCUCCCAGCAGCUCAGAGACCUGGUGGCCCUGGUGCGGGGAAAGCUGUCCUACAUGCAGCGGGCAGUACUGUCAGCACUUAUCGUCAUUGAGGUCCAUGCCAAGGAUGUAGUGAGAAACCUGAUCCUGGAGAAUGUGGUCAGCGUAAAUGACUUUGAGUGGAUCUCCCAGCUGAGGUACUACUGGACAAAUAACAACCUGUAUAUCCGUGCUGUGAAUGCCGAGUUCAUCUAUGGCUAUGAGUACCUAGGCAACAGUGGGAGGCUGGUGAUCACGCCCCUCACCGACAGGUGCUACCUGACGCUGACCGGGGCCCUGCACCUCAAGUUUGGGGGUGCCCCUGCUGGCCCAGCUGGCACAGGCAAAACUGAGACCACCAAAGACCUGGGCAAGGCCUUGGCCAUACAGACCGUUGUGUUCAACUGCUCUGACCAGCUUGACUACAUGGCCAUGGGAAAGUUCUUCAAGGGCCUGGCCAGUGCCGGGGCCUGGGCCUGCUUCGACGAGUUCAAUCGCAUUGACAUUGAGGUGCUGUCUGUGGUGGCGCAGCAGAUCACCACCAUCCAGAAGGCGCAGCAGCAGCGGGCGGAACGCUUCAUGUUUGAGGGUGUCGAGAUCCCACUUGUACCCUCCUGUGCAGUGUUCAUCACCAUGAACCCAGGAUACGCUGGCCGCACAGAGCUACCUGACAAUCUGAAGGCGCUCUUCCGGCCUGUGGCCAUGAUGGUUCCGGAUUAUGCCAUGAUUGCUGAGAUCUCCCUUUAUUCCUUUGGCUUCAAUGAGGCCAAUGUACUGGCUAAGAAGAUCACGACCACUUUCAAGCUGUCUUCGGAGCAGCUAAGCUCCCAGGAUCACUAUGACUUUGGGAUGAGAGCUGUGAAGACUGUGAUCUCGGCUGCUGGGAACCUCAAGCGAGAAAACCCCAGCAUGAAUGAGGAACUGAUCUGCCUCCGGGCCAUCCGCGACGUGAAUGUGCCCAAGUUCCUGCAGGAGGACCUCAAGCUCUUCUCUGGGAUUGUGUCUGACCUGUUCCCCACUAUCAAGAAGGAAGAGACUGACUACGGCAUCCUAGACAAGGCCAUCCGCAAGGCCUGUGAAAAGAGCAACCUCAAGGAUGUGGAGGGCUUCCUGACCAAGUGCAUCCAGCUCUAUGAGACCACAGUGGUGCGGCAUGGCCUCAUGCUUGUCGGGCCCACAGGCUCCGGCAAGAGUACCUGUUACAGAGUCCUGGCAGCCGCCAUGACAUCGCUGAAAGGGCAGCCAUCCAUCAGUGGUGGCGUAUAUGAGGCUGUCAACUACUACGUGCUCAACCCCAAGUCCAUCACAAUGGGUCAGCUGUACGGGGAGUUUGACCUGCUCACCCAUGAGUGGACAGAUGGGAUUUUCUCUUCCCUCAUCCGGGUGGGGGCCGUCACCUCCAACACCAACAAGAAGUGGUACAUGUUCGAUGGGCCGGUAGAUGCCAUCUGGAUUGAGAACAUGAACACGGUGCUGGAUGACAACAAGAAGCUGUGCCUCAGCUCCGGGGAGAUCAUCAAGCUCACAGAGGCAAUGACCAUGAUGUUCGAGGUGCAAGACCUGGCGGUGGCUUCACCAGCCACAGUAUCCCGCUGUGGCAUGGUGUACCUGGAGCCCAGCAUCCUGGGCCUCAUACCCUUUGUUGAGUGCUGGCUGAGGAAGCUCCCUGCCUUGUUGAAGCCCUGUGAGGAGCAUUUCAAGACCCUCUUCGCCAGUUUCCUGGAGGAAUCCAUCAACUUCGUUCGGUUCUCGGUGAAGGAGGUGAUUACCUCAACCAAUAGCAACCUGACCAUGAGCCUCCUCAAGCUGCUUGACUGCUUCUUUAAGCCCUUUCUGCCGAGAGAGGGUCUCAAGAAAAUACCUUCCGAAAAGCUGAGUCGCAUCCCAGAGCUGAUUGAGCCCUGGUUCAUCUUCUCCCUGAUCUGGAGUGUGGGGGCCACAGGGGACAGCAAUAGCCGCACCAGCUUCAGCCACUGGCUGAGGAUCAAGAUGACAACUGAACAGCUGACUCUGCCCUUCCCAGAAGAGGGGCUGGUAUUCGACUACAGGCUGGAUGACGCAGGGAUCAGCAGCACCAACGAAGAUGAGGAUGAAGAAGAAGAGGGCAAGCAGGUGGUGUGGGUGAAGUGGAUGGACUCCUCAGCUCCAUUCACCAUGGCACCAGACACCAACUACUGCAACAUCAUUGUGCCCACCAUGGAUACCAUACAGAUGUCCUACCUGCUGGGUAUGCUGCUCACCAACACGAAGCCUGUGCUGUGCAUUGGGCCAACGGGCACUGGAAAGACACUCACCAUCUCUGACAAGCUCCUCAAGAACCUGCCACUGGAGUACAUCAGCCACUUCCUCACCUUCUCAGCCCGCACCUCAGCCAACCAGACGCAGGACAUCAUAGACAGCAAGCUGGACAAGAGGCGGAAGGGUGUGUUCGGGCCACCUCUGGGGCGCAACUUUGUCUUCUUCAUCGAUGACCUGAACAUGCCAGCCCUGGAGACAUAUGGUGCGCAGCCACCCAUCGAACUGUUGCGCCAGUGGAUGGACCAUGGUGGCUGGUAUGACCGCAAGAUCAUUGGAGCCUUCAAGAAACUAGUGGACAUCAACUUUGUCUGUGCCAUGGGCCCUCCAGGUGGAGGCAGGAAUGCCAUCACCCCGCGGCUGACGCGCCACUUUAACUACCUAUCCUUCACUGAGAUGGAUGAGGUCAGCAAGAAACGCAUUUUCUCUACCAUCCUCAGCAACUGGAUGGGUGGACUCCUUGGAGAAAAAAGUUACCGGGAGCCUGGGCCGGGGGCCCCCCACAUCGCCCACUUCACGGAUCCCCUUGUGGAAGCCACCAUCAUGGUGUAUGCCACCAUCACCUCCCAGCUGCUGCCCACUCCAGCCAAGUCUCACUACACCUUCAACCUGAGGGACCUUUCCAAGGUCUUCCAGGGCAUGCUCAUGGCUGACCCAGCCAAGGUCGAGGACAAGGUGCAGCUGCUCCGACUAUGGUAUCAUGAGAACUGCCGCGUGUUCCGUGACCGACUGGUAAAUGAGGAGGACCGCAGCUGGUUUGACAAGCUCCUCAAGAACCACAUGGAGGAGUGGGAGGUGGCCUUUGACAAGGUCUGUCCCUUCCAGCCCAUUCUUUACGGGGACUUCAUGUCGCCAGGCUCUGACAUCAAGUCCUAUGAGCUCAUCACCAGUGAGAAUAAGAUGAUGCAGGUGAUCGAGGAGUACAUGGAGGACUACAACCAGAUCAACACAGCCAAGCUGAGGCUGGUCCUCUUCAUGGACGCCAUGAGCCACAUCUGCCGCAUCAGCCGCACCCUGCGCCAGGCGCUGGGCAAUGCGCUCCUGCUGGGCGUGGGCGGCAGCGGCCGCAGCUCCCUCACGCGGCUCGCCUCACACAUGGCCGAAUAUGAGUGCUUCCAGAUUGAGCUAUCCAAGAACUACGGCAUGUCCGAGUGGCGUGAAGAUGUCAAGAAGGUCCUGCUCAAGGCGGGCUUGCAGAGCUUGCCCAUCACCUUCCUGUUCUCAGACACUCAGAUCAAGAAUGAAUCCUUCCUGGAGGACAUCAACAAUGUCCUAAACUCGGGCGACAUUCCCAACCUCUAUACCACGGAAGAGCAGGACCAGAUCAUCAACACCAUGCGGCCCUAUAUCCAGGAGCAGGGUCUGCAGCCCACCAAGGCCAACCUCAUGGCUGCCUACACUGGGCGUGUGCGCAGCAACAUCCACAUGGUACUGUGCAUGAGCCCCAUUGGAGAGGUCUUCCGAGCUCGCCUGCGGCAGUUCCCCUCCCUGGUCAACUGCUGUACCAUUGACUGGUUUAACGCAUGGCCAGCAGAGGCCCUGGAGUCUGUGGCCACCAUGUUCCUAAAUGAGAUCCCAGAACUGGAAUCCUCCUCUGAAGUAAUUGAAGGACUGAUUCAGGUCUGCGUGUAUAUCCACCAGUCAGUGUCCAAGAAGUGUGUUGUGUACCUGGCAGAGCUGGCCCGCCACAACUAUGUGACCCCCAAGAGUUACUUGGAGCUACUCAAUAUUUUCUCCAUCCUCAUCGGGCAGAAAAGACUGGAGCUGAAAACUGCCAAGAACCGCAUGAAGAGUGGCCUCGACAAGCUACUGCGCACUUCUGAGGACGUGGCCAAGAUGCAGGAGGAGCUGGAGGUUAUGCGCCCCCUGCUGGAGGAGGCUGCCAAGGACACCAUGCUCACCAUGGAGCAGAUCAAGGUGGAUACGGCCAUCGCUGAGGAGACCCGGAAUUCAGUGCAGGCAGAGGAAAUCAAGGCCAACGAGAAGGCCAGGAAGGCACAAGCUAUCGCCGAUGAUGCCCAGAAGGACCUGGAUGAGGCACUGCCAGCCUUGGAUGCGGCACUGGCCAGCCUGCGCAACCUCAACAAGAACGACGUGACAGAGGUGCGUGCCAUGCAGCGGCCUCCCCCAGGCGUGAAGUUAGUCAUAGAAGCCGUGUGCAUCAUGAAGGGCAUCAAGCCCAAGAAGGUACCUGGAGAGAAGCCGGGCUCCAAGGUGGACGACUACUGGGAGCCAGGCAAGGGGCUGCUGCAGGACCCAGGGCGCUUUCUUGAGAGCCUCUUCAAGUUUGACAAGGACAACAUUGGGGAUGUGGUGAUCAAAGCCAUCCAGCCGUACAUCGACAAUGAAGAGUUCCAGCCAGCAGCCAUUGCCAAGGUGUCCAAGGCCUGCACCUCCAUCUGCCAGUGGGUGCGCGCCAUGCACAAGUACCACUUCGUGGCCAAGGCCGUGGAGCCCAAGCGGCAAGCCCUGCGGGAGGCCCAGGACGACCUGGAGGUGACACAGAGGAUCCUGGAGGAGGCGAAGCAGCGCCUGCGUGAGGUAGAGGAUGGCAUUGCCAUUAUGCAGGGCAAGUACCGAGAAUGCAUCGCUAAGAAGGAGGAACUGGAGCUGAAGUGUGAGCAGUGUGAGCAGCGGCUGGGCCGUGCCGACAAGCUCAUCAACGGGCUGUCGGAUGAGAAGGUGCGCUGGCAGGAGGCAGUGGAGAACCUGGAAUACACACUCAACAACAUCGCUGGUGAUGUGCUGGUGUCCGCUGGCUUUGUGGCCUACCUGGGCCCCUUCACGGGCCAGUACCGCACAGCACUUUAUGACAGCUGGGUCAAGCAGCUUACGACCUGCAAUGUCCCGCACACCUCUGAGCCUACACUAAUUGGGACGCUGGGGAACCCUGUGAAGAUCCGCUCAUGGCAGAUUGCUGGCCUCCCCAACGACACACUGUCAGUGGAGAAUGGGGUAAUCAACCAGUUCUCCCAGCGCUGGACCCACUUCAUCGACCCUCAGAGCCAGGCCAAUAAAUGGAUCAAAAACAUGGAGAAGGACAAUGGGCUGGACGUGUUUAAGUUGAGUGACCGCGACUUCCUGCGUAGCAUGGAGAACGCCAUCCGCUUUGGCAAGCCAUGUCUUCUGGAGAAUGUAGGCGAGGAGCUGGACCCAGCCCUGGAGCCUGUGCUGCUCAAGCAGACAUACAAGCAGCAGGGGAACACGGUGCUGAAGCUAGGGGACACAGUGAUCCCCUACCAUGAGGACUUCAGGAUGUACAUCACCACCAAGCUACCCAACCCACACUACACGCCUGAGGUCUCCACCAAACUCACCCUAAUCAACUUUACCUUGUCGCCCAGUGGCCUAGAGGACCAGCUACUGGGCCAGGUAGUGGCUGAGGAGCGACCUGAUCUGGAAGAAGCCAAGAACCAGUUGAUUAUCAGUAAUGCCAAGAUGCGUCAGGAGCUGAAAGAUAUUGAAGACCAGAUUCUGUACCGGCUCAGCUCCUCCGAGGGCAACCCUGUGGAUGACAUGGAGCUCAUCAAGGUGCUGGAGGCUUCCAAGAUGAAGGCUGCUGAGAUCCAGGCCAAAGUCAGGAUUGCAGAGCAGACAGAGAAGGACAUUGACCUCACGCGCAUGGAGUACAUACCUGUGGCCGUCCGCACCCAGAUCCUCUUCUUUUGUGUGUCUGACCUGGCCAAUGUGGACCCCAUGUACCAGUACUCCCUUGAGUGGUUUCUCAACAUCUUCCUCUCAGGCAUCGCCAACUCAGAGAGGGCAGACAACCUGAAGAAGCGCAUCUCCAACAUCAACCGCUACCUGACCUACAGUCUCUAUAGCAACGUGUGCCGCAGCCUCUUUGAGAAGCACAAGCUGAUGUUUGCCUUCCUGCUGUGUGUCCGCAUCAUGAUGAAUGAGGGCAAGAUCACCCAGAGUGAGUGGCGCUACCUCCUGUCUGGAGGCUCCAUCCAGAUGGUGACUGAGAAUCCAGCUCCAGACUGGCUGUCAGACCGGGCCUGGCGAGACAUCCUGGCACUCUCAAACCUGACAACCUUUUCCUCCUUCUCUUCUGACUUUGUGAAGCACCUCUCAGAAUUCCGGAUCAUUUUCGACAGCCUGGAGCCCCAUCGGGAGCCCUUGCCUGGAAUCUGGAACCAGUACCUAGACCAGUUCCAGAAGCUGCUAGUCCUCCGCUGCCUGCGUGGGGAUAAGGUUACCAACGCCAUGCAAGACUUUGUGGCCACCAACCUGGAGCCACGCUUCAUUGAGCCCCAGACAGCCAACCUGUCAGCGGUGUUCAAAGACUCCAACUCCAUCAUACCCCUCAUCUUUGUGCUGUCACCUGGCACAGACCCCGCUGCCGACCUCUACAAGUUUGCCGAAGAAAUGAAGUUCUCCAAGAAACUCUCAGCCAUCUCCCUGGGCCAGGGGCAAGGCCCUCGGGCAGAAGCCAUGAUGCGCAGCUCCAUAGAGAGGGGCAAGUGGGUCUUCUUCCAGAACUGCCACCUGGCACCAAGCUGGAUGCCAGCCCUAGAACGCCUCAUCGAGCACAUCAACCCUGACAAGGUGCACCGGGACUUCCGCCUGUGGCUCACCAGUCUCCCCAGCAACAAGUUCCCAGUGUCCAUCCUGCAGAACGGCUCCAAAAUGACAAUUGAGCCACCACGUGGUGUCAAGGCCAAUCUGUUGAAGUCCUACAGCAGCCUCAGUGACGACUUCCUCAACUCCUGUCACAAGGUGAUGGAAUUCAAGUCCCUGCUGCUGUCUCUGUGCCUGUUCCAUGGGAACGCCCUGGAGCGCCGCAAGUUUGGGCCUCUGGGCUUCAACAUCCCCUACGAGUUCACGGAUGGAGACCUGCGCAUCUGCAUCAGCCAGCUCAAGAUGUUCUUAGACGAAUAUGAUGACAUCCCCUACAAGGUCCUCAAGUACACGGCAGGGGAGAUCAACUAUGGGGGCCGCGUCACUGACGACUGGGACCGGCGCUGUGUCAUGAACAUCCUGGAGGACUUCUACAACCCCACCGUGCUCUCCCCGGAGCACAGCUACAGCUCCUCAGGUGUCUACCACCAGAUCCAACCCACCUAUGACCUCAACGGCUAUCUCACCUACAUCAAGAGCCUCCCACUCAAUGAUAUGCCUGAGAUCUUUGGCCUGCAUGACAACGCCAACAUCACCUUCGCCCAGAAUGAGACAUUUGCCCUGCUGGGAACCAUUGUCCAGCUGCAACCCAAAUCAUCCUCUGUAGGAGGCCAGAGCCACGAGGAGAUAGUAAAGGAUGUGGCCCAGAACAUUCUCUUGAAUGUGCCUGAGCCUGUCAACGUGAAAUGGGUGAUAUCCAAGUACCCCGUGCUAUAUGAGGAAUCAAUGAACACAGUGCUAGUACAAGAGAUCAUUAGGUACAACCGGCUGCUGGAAGUGAUCAAUCAAACGCUACAAGAUCUGCUCAAGGCACUCAAAGGACUGGUAGUGAUGUCCUCGCAGCUGGAGCUGAUGGCUGCCAGCCUGUACAACAAUACUGUGCCUGAGCUCUGGAAUGCCAAGGCCUACCCAUCACUCAAGCCACUGUCCUCAUGGGUCAUGGACCUGCUGCAACGCCUGAACUUUCUGCAGGAGUGGAUCCGAGAUGGCAUCCCAGCUGUCUUCUGGAUCAGUGGCUUCUUCUUCCCACAGGCUUUCUUGACAGGCACUCUACAGAACUUUGCCCGCAAAUCUGUAAUCUCCAUUGACACCAUCUCCUUUGAUUUCAAGGUGAUGUCCCGAGCACCAUCGGAGUUCAAGAACAGGCCCCAAGUAGGGUGCUAUAUCCAUGGACUAUUCCUAGAAGGUGCCCGCUGGGAUCCAGUGACCUUUCAACUGGCCGAGUCUCGGCCCAAGGAGCUGUACACAGAGAUGGCUGUUAUCUGGCUGUUGCCAACGCCCAACCGCAAGGCCCAGGACCAGGACUUCUAUCUGUGCCCCAUCUAUAAGACACUGACCCGUGCUGGAACACUAUCAACCACAGGCCACUCCACCAACUAUGUCAUUGCUGUGGAGAUUCCCACCGACCAGCCCCAGAAACAUUGGAUAAAGCGUGGUGUGGCCCUCAUUUGUGCCCUGGACUACUAGACUCAUUAGACAGGAGGGCUGGGGCCAUUAAAGUUGAAUUUUAUAAGCAGU